AUGUUGAGCAAAUACGCGUGGGUCGUACUACUCAAGAGCAAGGGCGGAAAUGAGAUGGCUAGCGCUAUCACUCAGAUCGUUCGAGAGAGUAGAAGAUGUCCGAUAAAUUUACAAACUGAUAUGGGGAAGGAGUUUUACAACGCUGAUGAGCAAAAAAACUUGAAAAAACACGACGUAAAUCACUAUUCCACGUAUUCGCGUCAGCGAUUUAAUCGCACGCUCAAGAACGACAUGUGGAAAUUGUUUACGACUCUUGAGCACAGUGUACAACGCGAUAAAGAUCGCGGGUUCGGCAAAAUUCAAAGUAGGCGAUUUAGUACGCGCGUGAGCCAGUACAAGACUGUUUUUGAGAAGGGUUACACGCCAAAUGGAACCACCGAGGUGUCUACGAUUAAAGUGCAGCGUAUCUAUCCCGUAACCUAUCUACUCGAGAAAUAUCGCAGAGAAUUCAUCACUGGAGAGUUCUAUGAGCACGAGUUGUAUCGCGCUACUCAUCCAGACGUAUAUCUCAUGAAGAAAGUACUAUGCAGGAAGAGAAACAAGACUAACUUUGAGGCCCGCUAUGAGAAGCUGAUCGACGAGUUCAGUGCUGAGCUCAAGACGCACGAGUACCUAAUAGCCGAUUUCCCGAUGAUGGUUGAGACCGUCUACUACAGCGCACCAGACUAG